AUAAUUGAAGGGUUUAUGAAAUCUAGAGGGUGUCACCAACUGCUGCUUUGCACACACUAAAAACAUGAACAUUUUCCAAGCUUAAUAAGAAACAGUCCAAGAGCAGGUCACAGCAUUAACAUUCAGUGGGAGUGCAGUGAGAAUCAGGUUCAACCUCCGGGAUUGCUGGGCUUGUGGUUGAUUUUUUUGUUUACUCUGCAAAAGUUUCUGAUAGGCGGAGCAUCUAGUUUCAACUUCCUUUUGCAGCAAGUUCUUUCCUGCACUAAUCACAAUUCUUGGAAGAGGAGAACUGGACGUUGUGAACAGAGUUAGCUGGUAAAUGUUCUCGUAAAAGACCAAAAAAAUGAGACUUCCAGCAAAGAUUAUUUGCCUUAUGCUAUGGGCUGUUUGUGUAGCAGAAGAUUGCAAAGAACCUCCUCCAAGAAAAGAUACAGAAAUUCUGACAGGUUCCUGGCCUGACCAAGCAUAUCCAGAAGGCACUUCGGCUACCUAUAAAUGCCGCCCUGGAUAUAGGUCUCUCGGAAAUAUAAUAAUGAUGUGCAGGCAUGGAACAUGGGUGGCUUUGAAUCCAUUGAAGACAUGUCAGAAAAGGCCCUGUGGAUUUCCUGGAGAUACUCCCUUUGGUUCUUUUAAGCUCACAGUAGGAAAUGCAUUUGAAUAUGGUGCAAAAGUUGUAUAUACAUGCAAUGAGGGGUAUCAAUUGCUAGGUGGGAUUAAUUACCGUGAAUGUGAUGCAGAUGGAUGGACCAAUGAUAUUCCUAUAUGUGAAGUUGUGAAGUGUUUACCAGUGACAGCACCAGAGAAUGGAGAAGUCAUCAGUGGUGCAAUGGAAUCAGACCGAGAAUACCAUUUUGGACAAGUAGUACACUUUGCAUGUAAUCCAGGCUACAAGAUCGAAGGAGAUAAAGAAAUACAUUGUUCAGGUGAUGGUGCUUGGAGUAAAGAAAAACCAAAGUGUGUGGAAAUUUCAUGCAAACCUCCAGACGUUGUGAAUGGAUCUCCUAUAUCUAAGAAGAAUAUUUUUAAGGAGAAUGAACGAUUUCAGUAUAAAUGUAACAUGGGUUAUGAAUACACUGCAAGAGGAGAUUCCGUAUGCACUGAAUCUGGAUGGAAUCCGUUACCUUCAUGUGAAGAAAAAAUAUGUAAAGAUCCUUAUAUUCCAAAUGGUAGAUACACACCUUUAAGGACUAAACACAGAGCUGGAGAUGAAAUCAGGUAUGAGUGUAUAAAUGGUUUUUAUCCUGCAACCCGGGAAAAAACAGUAAAAUGCACGAGUACUGGCUGGAUACCUGCUCCAAGAUGUACCAUGAAACCUUGUGAUUAUCCUCGUAUUAAACAUGGAGGUCUAUAUUAUGAGAUGCUCUAUAGCCGAUCCUUUCCUGCAGCGGUAGGACAAUAUUACUCCUAUUACUGUGAUCGAAAUUUUGUGACUCCUUCAGGAAGUUCCAAUGGUUACAUUCAAUGCAGACAAGAUGGGUGGUUUCCAGAAAUCCCAUGCCUCAGACAAUGUUAUUUUCCUUAUUUGAAAAAUGGAGAUGAUACACAUUCUGGAAGAAAUUUUUUACAGGGUGCCUCUGUAGAAGUUCUCUGCCAUUCUGGCUACGGCCUUCCAAAUGAGCAGACCACAGUUACAUGUAGAGAAAAUGGCUGGUCUCUUGCUCCCAGCUGCAUCCCUGUCAAAACAUGUUCCAGAUCAGAUAUAGAUAUUGAGAAUGGCUUUUUUUCUGAAUCUCAGUAUACAUAUGCCUUAAAUAAACAAGCAAAAUAUGAAUGCAAACAAGGAUUUAUAAGAGCAGAUGGUGAAACAUCAGGAUCAAUUACAUGUCUGAAAAGUGGAUGGUCAGCUCAACCCAAAUGCAUUAAAUCUUGUGAUAUGCCAGAAUUUAAUAAUGCCAGAGCCAAAAAUAACAUCACAUGGUUUAAGCUGAAUGACUUAUUGGACUAUGAAUGCCAUGAUGGUUAUGAAAGCGCAAGUGGAAGCACCACUGGCUCCAUAGUGUGUGGUUACAAUGGUUGGUCUGAUUCACCCACAUGUUACGAACGAGAAUGCAGCCUUCCUAAAAUAGAUGAACAAUUGAUUCCUGAUCCCAAGAAGGACCAGUUUAAAGUUGGAGAGGUGGUGAAAUUCUCCUGCAAACCAAGAUUUACCAUAGUUGGACCUAAUUCAGUUCAGUGCUACCACUUUGGAUUGUCCCCUCAACUCCCAAUGUGUAAAGAGCAAGUAAAAUCAUGUGGUCCACCUCCUGAACUUCUCAAUGGGGACACUAAGGAAACAAAGAAAGAAGAAUAUGCACACAGUGAAGUGGUGGAAUAUUACUGCAAUCCCAGAUUUCUAAUGCAGGGGCCUAAUAAAAUUCAAUGUGUUGAUGGAGAGUGGACAGCUUUGCCAAUGUGUAUUGAGGAGGAGAGUACCUGUGGAGAUAUACCUGAACUUGAACAUGGCUAUGCCCAGCUUUCUUCUCCUCCCUAUUACUAUGGAGAUUCAGUGGAGUUAAAUUGCUCAGAAACAUUUACAAUGAUCGGGCACAGAUCAAUUACAUGUAUUAAUGGAGUAUGGACCCAACUUCCUCAGUGUGUGGCAACAGAUCAACUGAAGAAGUGCCAAACAUCACUGUUAAUUAUAAUUGAUGGAAAUUCAACCAAAAAGACAGAAUAUGAUCAUAAUUCUAACGUAAGGUACAGAUGUACUAGAAAAGAUGAACUAAAACACUCAGUCUGCAUAAACGGAAGGUGGGAUCCGGAAAUGACCUGCUCAACGACACAAGUACAAUUAUGCCCACCUCCACCUCAGAUUCCUAAUUCUCUGAAUAUUACAACCACAUUGAAUUAUCAAGAUGGAGAAAAAGUAUCUGUUCUGUGUCAAGAAAAUUAUCUAAUUCAGGAAGGAGAAGAAAUUAUGUGCAAAGAUGGAAGAUGGCAGUCAGUACCACGCUGUGUUGAAAAAAUUUCCUGUUCACAACCACCGCAUAUAGAAAAUGGAACCAUUAAUUCAUCCAAAUUUUCAGAAGAAAGUUAUGCACAUGGGACGAAAUUGAGUUUUACUUGUGAAGAUGGUUUCAGGCUAUCUGAAGAAACUGAAAUAACAUGCUUUAUGGGAAAAUGGAGUUCUCCACCUCAGUGUGAAGGUCUUCCUUGUAAGUCUCCACCUAAGAUUUCAAAUGGUGCUGUAGCUCACAUGUCAGACAGUUAUCAGUAUGAAGAAGAAGUUACAUACACAUGUUCUGAAGGUUUUGGAAUUGUUGGGCCAGCCACUGCAAAAUGCUUGGGAGAAAAAUGGUCCCAACCUCCAGCAUGCAAAAGUAUGGUGUUCUGUAUUUUAUUACAUGUAUGAUAAAUAUUUUUCAUUGAAAGCAUGUGUUACCAAUAAACAAGUAAGCGGUCACUCUAGAAUUUCACAAGGUUUUCUUGAAUAUUCUGAAAUGUUGUGGGAAAUUAUAGCUCUAGUAAUUAAAAUGUUUGACAUGAUAAGCCAAAUUGCCUCAUUUUCACAUCAUCUUGUGUGAACUUUCAACAUCCCCUGAUGUACAUCCUCAGACUUCUCAUCUCUGUUCUUAGAGCAUAGCUGUCCGCUAUUCACCAAUGUCAUCAUUAU